UAGUUUUCAAUAAGGAAAUUGAAGACAUUUUGCAUCUGGAGUACUUCUGAAGACACAAGCCGGGGGCCAAGUUCAAGUUUUGGGGAUGAACUCACACACUGGACCCUGCAGUAGGAGGAGUGGAGACUGAAAACAUCUUCAGUAAAGCUCAUCUGCUUUAUCAGGAUGGGCUGCACUUGCAGUGACCAGAAACAAGUAGAGGAUAAGAAAUUCUUCAAAGGAAAACACAACUCUCGGGACUCUGACUUGUCAAAUCACAUAGCACGAAGUGGAAACACAUAUGUGGAUAAUGAUGAAGUUGUGUUUGUGGCUCAACAUGACUUCAAAGGGACCAACGACAGCGAUCUACCUUUCAAAAAGGGAGACAAACUUAAGAUUUUACAAGAAAACGGAGACUGGUGGGUUGCUAAAUCGGUGGUGACUGGACAGGAGGGCUUCAUACCAUGCAAUUAUGUAGUCAGAGCAGAUACACUGGAGGUGGAAAAAUGGUUUUUCAAGGACAUCGGCAGGAGAGAGACUGAGCGACUGCUUUUAGCUCCUGGAAAUAAGCCAGGUGCUUUUCUAGUUCGAGAAAGCGAGACCUGUAAAGGGUCCUUCUCUCUGUCAAUCAGAGAUGAAGCACCAGAACACGGAGAUGUGGUAAAACACUACAAGAUCCGCUGUCUGGACAAAGGUGGCUACUACAUCUCCCCCUCCAACACGUUCCCAACCCUGCAGGAACUGGUUAAAUAUUAUACUCGUACAGCUGAUGGUUUGUGUCAGCGGCUGUAUGCACCAUGUAAGGCUAAAGCACCCAUGCAGCCGUGGGCGCAAGACGAAUGGGAGAUUCCCAGAGAGACCCUGAAAAUGGUGAAGAAAUUGGGGGCCGGGCAGUUCGGAGAAGUGUGGAUGGGUUAUUAUAAGAACUCCCUGAAAGUUGCUAUCAAGACCUUAAAGGAGGGAACGAUGGAGCCUGAGGCGUUCCUGCAGGAGGCCAACCUGAUGAAGCAGCUGCAGCAUGAACGUCUGGUGCGCCUCCAUGCCGUGGUCACAAGGGAGCCAAUUCUUAUUGUCACUGAGUUCAUGAUCAACGGAUGUCUUCUGGACUUUCUGAAAUCAGAUGAAGGAAAAAAGCUAAAGCUAAAUAAGCUGAUAGACAUGUCAGCGCAGAUAGCUGAAGGUAUGGCGUACAUUGAGAACAAAAAUUACAUCCACCGAGACGUGCGUGCAGCCAACAUUCUGGUCAAUGAAACCCUGCACUGCAAGAUAGCAGACUUUGGCCUUGCCAGGAUCAUCGAGUCAGAAUACACAGCUCAAGAAGGUGCCAAAUUUCCUAUCAAAUGGACAGCCCCAGAGGCCAUCAAUUUUGGCACAUUCAGCAUCAAAUCGGAUGUGUGGUCCUUUGGGAUCCUCCUCACAGAGAUAGUCACCUACGGAAGAAUACCCUACCCAGGAAUGACCAACCCUGAGGUGAUCAGGAGCUUGGACAAGUCGUACAGGAUGCCGUGUCCGGACGGCUGCCCUGCAGAACUCUAUGACAUUAUGAAGAUGUGCUGGAGGCAGAAGCCUGAGGACCGUCCGACUUUUGAAUUUCUGCAGAACACUCUCAACGACUUUUUUGUCGCCACAGAGGGACAAUAUGAGAUGCAGCCAUGAUAACAAAGAAGGCUUUGAUAACCCGAAGACAGCAAAAUGUCCUAAAGAGAGACGUGACACUUGAAUGGAUAAAGGCUGACGACCAAACCAAACAUCUUAUCUUACUAACUGAUGCAAAUUAUUAUUAUUUUUUUAAUUUCAAAAGGACACCUUUUAAAGUUGACUAUCUGAGUGGAUAAAAGUUUCUUCUGCAGCUUAGAGUGUCUGAAGCAUGAAAACAUGCAGAAAUGAAAAUGCAAAGUUCAUUAGACUGACUGUACUGCCAUUGAUGGCUCACAUUCUUGAUAAUAGCCAUGGAAUAUAGAGCCAUAAUUGGGACUGAACAAAGGGGGAAAGAGGAAAUAUGUAUAUACCAAUACAGUACAUGCAAAAUAUAAAAAGGCCUUUAGACCUGAGGAAGUUGGCACGGGUUAAAUUACAGAUAAGUCAUUUGCAUGGUACAGAUACCGGUAACCUGAGAUUACAUGCACAAUACUUUGCACUUUUUUUAAAAAAAAGAAUUCAGUUAUUCAGCAGAUCUUUCAAAAAGAAAGGGGCUUUUUCGAAGAGAAUUUAUACUUUCAUACAUAUUUUUGUAAAUAAAAAUAUUUACAUUAUUUAAAA